UAGGCCCCGCCCCUCGGCAGGCCCCGCCCGGCGCGGAGCGGAACCGGGGGCGCCGCACGGACAGCGGCAGACGCCAGCCGAGGGGGGGCAGGAUGUCCCACGAGAAGAGCUUCCUGGUGGGGGGCGAGGGCUUCCCGGGGCAGCAGCCCACAGCCCCCCCGGCCUACCCGCAGCCCCCCUACCCCCCUGCCCCAUACCCCCAGCCCCAGUUCUCUCCCGCACCCUAUGCCCAGCCAGGCUUCCCGCAGGGGCCGGGGCCCUACCCCCCCCCGGGGCCCUACCCCCCCCCAGGGCCCUACCCCCCCGGGCCGUACCCCAUGCCGGGGCCGUACCCCGGGGGUCCCUAUGCCCAGCCACCCUACGCCCAGCCGCAGCCCAUGGUCCCUGGAGACCAAGACUACGGAGCCAGGCCCCACUUCUGGCCCUGGAGACCCGGCCCCGCCGGCAUCCGCGUGGCCCCUCUGCACAGCACCUACCACGAGGAUGGGCCACCCUCCUACUAUGACAACCAGGACUUCCCCUCCGCGCACUGGGAUGACAAGAGCAUCCGUCAGGCCUUCAUCCGCAAGGUGUUCCUGGUGCUGACCCUGCAGCUGAGUGUCACCUUCGCCUUCGUGGCCGUCUUCACCUUCGCCAAGGGCGUGCGGGGCUUCGUGCAGCGCAAUGUCUGGACCUACUACGUGUCCUACGCUGUCUUCUUCAUCUCCCUCAUCGUCCUCAGCUGCUGCGGGGACUUCCGUCGCAAGCACCCCUGGAACCUGGUGGCCCUGUCCAUCCUGACUGUCAGCCUGUCCUACAUGGUGGGGAUGAUCGCCAGCUUCUACGACACUGAAGCCGUCAUCAUGGCCGUCGGCAUCACCGUCGUCGUCUGCUUCACUGUCGUCAUCUUCUCUCUGCAGACCAAGUACGACUUCACCUCGUGCCGGGGUGUGCUGAUCAUCUGCCUCGUCGUCCUCAUCCUCUUCUCCAUCCUCUGCAUCUUUAUCCGGAACCGCAUCGUGGACAUUGUCUACGCCUCCCUGGGGGCCCUGCUCUUCACCUGCUUCCUGGCAGUGGACACGCAGCUGAUCCUGGGGAACAAGCAGCUGGCGCUGAGCCCCGAGGAGUACGUGUUUGCAGCGCUCAACCUCUACACCGACAUCAUCAACAUCUUCCUCUACAUCCUGGCCAUCAUUGGCCGGGCCAAGGAGUGACCCCCCACCCCCCGGGACCCCUGCCCCCCACAGCCUCCCGGACCGUGCCCCCGCCUCGUAGCCGGUUCCGUUCAGUGUUCCCUGUUCCCACACCCCUUGUCGGUUCUGCCCUUAAGAGUUUAUUUUUCCCACCGGGGACUUGGGGGGUGGGCACCCCCGGUGGGAGGGUCCCUGGGUGACAACUCUGUCCCCACCUGCACCCCCCCUGCAGCCCCCUGCCCAGCCCCCCUGCUCCCCCUGCUGUGAAUACGGCCUUUCCCUCCCCCCUGCCUGGAACCAGGACUGGAAGCACUGAACCCCCCACUGGAGCCCCCUGCUCCGUCCUGCACCCCCCGCGCUGCCCCACCCCCCAGCCGCACCGGCAGGGUCGGCACCGGAGACCCCCGGACCCCUCCUUGGGCUGGGGGCGGGGUCUGACCACCCGGGUGGGAAAGGGGGGUCCCCAUGGGGGCACUGGUCACUGAAGCAGCAUCCCUGUGGAGCCCCGGUCUUCUCCCCAUGCCCAAGCCUCCCCAUUCCUGCCCCACAGUGGGGGUCCUGGCCCCCUCCCCAUGCCUGAGCCCCCUCCCUGCCCCACAGCAGGGGUCUCGGCCCCCUCCCCGCACCCGAGCCCCCAUAUCCCUGCCCCACAGUGGGGGUCCCGGCCCCUUCCCUGCGCGGCCAAGGCGCCUCCCUGCCCCAUCCCAGGGCUCCAGCUCCUGCUGUUAAUAAACCUCCGUCUUGUUCACCCCC